GAAAGCAGCUACAGACAAAAUUAUUGAGCUCACCUUGGACCCACAAGCGGUCAGAUCUCUCCGGAUCCCAGCAUCAGUAAACAGAACAUCGUCAGCGUCUUUGAAUCGUCUACCUUACCUUCCUCCGCCAUGUCCAAAUACUCACUCUCUUACCCCAGCACGGAUGUCACGACCCGGCUUGUUGUCGAAGUGUUUCUUAAACCCUUGGGUUCUAUCGUCAAAGUCGAAGAGAGUUCUGAGCUCAGCCUUCAACAACAUGAUGUCUCCACUACCCAUACACAAUUGCCGGCAGUCCUCCGAUCCUUGUCCACCGAUUGUAAAACGCUCUUGGCUGACUCUGACGAGGAAAAGGAAACAGGCUUGAGUUGGGUCGAGAGACUGACCUCUUUGAAUGCGAAACCUGAUAGCCCCAAAUUGAAAGAAUUAGAUGAUUACUUGCAAUCACGCACUUUCAUGAUCGGCACCAAACUGAGUGCUGUUGAUAUCGUGGCGUAUACCAAUUUACAUUCUUACAUGAGCUCAGCCAGUCAGCAGGACAAGUUACAACAUCCCUCAGUUACCCGACACUUCGACUUUAUCCAAAACAUCAGCCCGGUCCGCCAAGCAUCCGAGCAGGACCCAACGCUUGCACUCGUCCAAAUUGAUGUCACAGACGUGCCUGAGGUGGAGCGGAAAGCGGCAGUGCCCGAGAAGAAAGAGAAGAAGGCCAAGGCGUCGACGACAGAUGAGCCAGCAGCCCAAAGCCAUUCAAAAGCCCCCGCCCCCGCUUCCGGAGAGGGCAAGAAAGUAGCAGGAGGCGAGAAACAGAAGGCCAACCCUGAGAAGAAAGAGAAGAAGAAAGGCGGCGAUGGCGGUGAUAGUAAGAAGGCAGCCCCUGCUGCUGAUGGACCUCCGAUGCCACACAUGAUUGACAUGCGCGUUGGAAAGAUUAUACAUGUCGAAAAGCAUCCAGAUGCGGAUUCGCUCUAUGUUGAGAAGAUCGACUUUGGCGAGCCUGAGCCACGAACGGUGGUCAGUGGACUGGUCAACUACAUCCCGAUCGAGGAGAUGCGCGAUCGACUGUUGGUUGGGAUCUGUAAUCUCAAGCCAGCCAACAUGAGGGGAGUCAAGAGUUUUGCCAUGGUCCUGGCGGCUACCUCGAAAGACGGUAAGGGUGGCCCGGGAAGCGUCGAGCUCGUCGCUCCUCCGCCUGGCUCGGAACCCGGUGACAGGAUAUACUUUGAAGGAUUCGAGAAUCACAACCCGAUCGAGCAACUGAACCCCAAGAAAAAACAAUUCGAGACCAUCCAACCCAACUUUACCACGUUGGAUACUAAGGAGGCGUGUUGGACGGAUCCUCAUAAUGAGCACAAAGCGCAUCGGAUCAUGUCCUCUAAGGGAGUCUGUUGUGCCCCGACCUUUGUUGGUGCAUCCUUGUCAUGAGCAAUCAAGAUUCGACUUGGAGAAAUCCUGCGCCUAAUUUGUGUUGAUUGAUUGAAGUAGAGUGUGACUAAGACUGAGUCCUGUAAUCAGUAGUACUUCUUCUCUUGUGACUGUGUCUUGGUAAUCACUACGGCUUUCCCAGAAUCACGUGUGCUUUUGAAUGAGUCUCUUAGUCAGCUGCAAUGAUCGACUGAGGCUGACUGUGCCAGCGACUGAUCGGGUGAAAAAGGGUGGCUGACUACGGCGAACACUCAAGUAGCCCAGUACAUGCAAAAACUCAUC